UGGCCAUUGUACCAACCCUGGUCCUUGUACCCUUCCACCCAUACAUGUCCGCAUGGUCGGGUGUACUUUGGAUGAACAUGGUCGACAUUUCCCAAGCACAUUGUCGCCGACCUUGUCCAUCUCAUUGGCGGCAGAUCCUUACUCUACGCGGCAAGUCGGGAACAUGGGCUCUUUUUGCCGCGCUAUUGAUAUCUCGACUUUAGGUACAUACCUUACACUACUGCCAC